AAAAAAAAAAACAUGAAGUCUAUUCAUACAAUGGCAAAACAAUUUGAUAAUUUAGUCUAUCUUGAUGAUUAUAUUGAUACCAUUGAAGCAGUGCCACUUGAUUUACAAAGGAAUUUCACAUUGAUGAGAGAACUAGACGGUUAUGCUCAAGAAUUGAUGACGACAGUAUCUAAAGAUGCUAUUGAAUUAAUCGACCACAUAAAAGAUAUGGACCCUAAUGUACGUCUUGAUAAGCUAAAGAACCUCACGACUAUUCUUUCAGAAACAUUGAAACGAGGAGAAGAAAAAGUAGCCUUGGCUAAAUCAACUUUUGAUGCAGUAGACCGUCACUGUAAUCGAUUGGAUGCAGACUUGGUUAAAUUUGAAGAAGAUCAAACAGUAGGAGACAGUAGAAUCACAACAUUGCCAGGACUACAACCUUCAGCACGUAGCUUAAAAGAAGGUGUCGAUGUAAGAGACAGAGCAACAAAACGCUUAUUAGACAGAGAAAGAAAAGAACUGAAAGGAGAAAAGAAGAUUGUUAAAAAGAGAAAGACAGUCAAAGAAACUAAUGGUGGUGGUACCCCUCCUCCUUUGGCUCGUUCACAAACAUUGGAUAAAGCUAGAUCAUCAAAACAUAUGGACAAAGAAAAGACAAGACAGACGUAUAACAAGAAUGGCAAUGGAAAACCUAAAGCUGUUGUUCCUGCUGAUUUGCCAAUUGAUCCAAAUGAACCUCUUUAUUGCUAUUGUCAGCAAGUAUCUUAUGGAGAAAUGGUGGCUUGUGAUAAUGCAGAUUGUGAAAUUGAAUGGUUCCAUUUAGCUUGUGUUGAUCUCAAGACAGUGCCAAAGGGUAAAUGGUACUGCAGUAGUUGUCUUUUGAAAAUGAAAGGAAGACAAAGAAAGUAGAGCAUAUUCUUUUAUGAUAAUGUACAUAGUCUUUUGUAUAUAUACACUGACCCGAAAUAAAAAUUGACCCAGUUUGUUGUACUCUAACC